AUGGCUACCUUGAAAUCGGUACAGAUGGAGAAGCAGCAGUUAGGUCAACAGGCUGCUCAAGCUGUCCGCAAAAUUGAGCGACACAGUCUCCAUUCCAUGUUACGAGAAAAGAAGCUGUCAGCUCAGCACAAGAAAGUGACUAAUAGACUAAACAUUCUGUUAAAGAAAGCAAAGUCUGAGAUCAGCUGCUUAAGGAGGAAACUUUCCUUCACUGCUGAAAGAGUCAACAAUGCGGACAAGCUAUCUGCGCUGAGGAAAACUUUAGCUUCGACCAAGGCCGCGAAAACGAGGGCGGAAACCGAGAUUGCCUAUCUAGAGGAAAGACUUAAAAACCCUGCAAAAAUUGAUUGCCAUUGUCAUGUACCUGAUAUUGAUGUCUUCAUGCGAUGUAAGAAGACGACGGGUUACCUGAUAUUAUCAAGUAAAUUAGUGAGAGGGAUCAACCCAGAUAUUGACACCAGAGGAAUGGUGCCUCUUGAUUUUUUCAGGCUCUAUUUUACUGAUGAAAUUGUGGAAGAGCUAUGUAAAAACAUCAACGAUUACGGAAAUCAAAGAUGUGAGGCUAGAGCAGCAACGGCAACGGAGCGCUCCGUAUACAAAAAGUGGCGUAAGAUCACACCAGGUGAACUUUUCAAAUUCUUUGCAGUAAUCAUUGCAAUGGGGAUUACAAAGAAGCCCAGUGUCUCUGACUACUGGAACACCGACUUGUCACAUAUGGCAACACCCUGGUUUCGGCAAAUAUUUCGUCGUGACCGGUUUCAGCACAUUUUUCACACGAUGCUGCAUGCCUGUGAAUUGGACGCACAAGGGAAAGCAAAAAUUGAGCCGUUCGUUUCUUCACUUCUGGUGCAAUUUCAGGCUGCAUAUUAUCCAACACAAGAGCUUUCUUUGGAUGAAAUGGUCAUUGGUUGGAAAGGAAGAUGGGCUCACAAGCAGUACAACGCUACCAAACCAAGUAAAUACCAUGUCAAGACCUUCGGUCUCUGCGAAAGCGAGUCUGGUUAUGUCAUCAACCUACGUAUUUACUUUGGCGCACAGACUUCCUUCGACCCCAUGACAGCAGACGCACAACAAUCUGUGAGAGUCUUUGAAACACUCCUGUCCCCUCUCGUCAAAGGCCACCAUAUAUACGCUGACAGAUACUACACCAGUAUGCAACUCCUAAAUCAUCUGAGGGAAAAGCAGUUUUACUUCACCGGCACAGUGAACGCAAACCGGAAAGGCUUCCCUGCUGAGCUCAAAACAGCCAAACUGGCUCACAGGGAAAUACAGUGGUAUCUGCACAGAGAGAAGCAGCUUCUCUGUGUUCUUUUUAGAGAUAAAAAAGCGAAAAAGUCCUGUGCUGCUGUCUCCAACAGUUCUUCCGUUGCCACGGUGACAGUAAAAGAUGUCGAAAAACCAUCGAUGAUAAACGCGUAUAAUUUCAACAUGAAUGGGUGCGACAGGGUUGAUCAAGCUGUCCAAACCUACGGCAUGUACACCAGGAAGAGCACUAAAUGGUGGAAAAAAAUCUUUUUUUGGAUUUUUGAGGUCAGUCAAGUGAAUGCCCACAUUCUGCACAUGAAAGCCGAGGGUAGGAAAACGCCACUAUUGAAAUUCAAGCAUGAUCUGAUUUCAGAGAUGUGCUCUCAUACAGCAGCACUCCUUCUGGAGGACAUUGAACAGCAGCAGCCUGAUGAUAGAGGCCACAUCCCAUCAAACAACCCUGUGGCUGGAAUGAAAAGCAAUCAUUUUGCAGUGAAGUCCAGCCUUACACGCGUUUGUCGACAUUGCAACACCCCAACAAACAGGAAAAGGACCUCAUUCUACUGCAAGGGAUGCCCAAACCAGCCAUUUUUGCAUCCCACCCCAUGCUUUGAGGCCUAUCAUCUUGCCCUGUGA